AUGACUGUAAAAAAUUCUAUUCUUGCUUCUUCCAAAUGGAAUCAUGGUAUCAAUAUUGGCAAAAAACCAGAGGAGCUGAAAAUUGAAAUGAAAAAUAAAUUUAAGGCCAGAAGAUUGAAUUAUAUUCUUCAGCCUAUUCAGCCAGGCAUUGAUAGCUAUCAUAAAUUACUGCAUGAAUUACUUUGCAAAACUGAAAUAAACGAAACUAUUGUUGACAUCUAUAUUGAGGAAGAAAAAUUUGAUUAAGGAGUAUAAAGCUCAGUAUUCAGGAUAGUCGAAGGCAGAGAUGAUAAAAAGAAAAGAAAAUUAGUUGGAAAAAUCCCUAUUGAAGCAGGAGUAGUUUCAAGAGAGUAUGCAAGAAUCAAGACCAGAUAACUUUUGAUCAGUAGCAUUAUUUCAAGACUUUAUAGACAGAAGCUCAUCUCACAUGAAAGACUCUUGAAUGAGGCAAUCCAUCUGCAGUACCCACUUCCUAUAAUCUAUGAACUGAUGGAAAAUCAGAACUUUAAAGGCCAUAAUUACAUUUUUGCUGAGCCAUCUCUGGAAAAAAAUGAUUCAACUUGGCAAAAAUAUGGCAAUAAUCUUUUCAAUAUCUCAUCCUAAAACAAGUGA